GCAGGCAUCACCAACCGAGCACCGGAACCAUCGAGCGGCCGCUGCAGCAAACCAACCGGAGGAAACGGCUCGCAGCUACCGACCGGAGCAGCUGGAGCCACCGGAGGACUACCGACACCUUUACCGACAGCAUGCUCGGUUCAGAGGUAACGGGUGACGUCACAAGCUGUGUCAGCAUGCUGCAGCUCCCCCUGGUGGUGACGGCUGAGGUGGACCUGGUCCUGCUGCUGGUCUCCUUCCUCUCUCUCUGGACCAGACUCACCCAGCUGGGAUACCCCAACAAUGUGGUGUUUGAUGAGGUGUACUACGGCCAGUUUGUGUCUCUCUACAUGAAGAGAGUGUUCUUCAUCGAUGACAGCGGGCCACCGCUCGGUCACAUGAUCCUGGCCCUCGGAGCGUACCUCGGAGGAUUUGAUGGAAACUUUGUGUGGAACAGAAUCGGAGCAGAGUACCCCAGCAGUGUGAGCGUGGUGUGUCUGCGUCUCCUCCCGGCUCUCUGUGGCUCUCUGUGUGUUCCUCUGGUCUACCUGCUGACUCUGGAGCUCAAGUUCUCUCACCUGUCGGCUCUGGGAGCCGCCGUGCUGCUGCUGCUCGAGAACUCCCUGAUCGUCCAAUCACGGUUCAUGUUGCUGGAGUCUGUUCUCAUCUUCUUCGUGCUGCUGGCCUUCUUCUCCUACCUCAAGUUCCACAACGCUGCCCCCGACAGCAUCUUCAGGUUCGGGUGGCUGCUCCUCUCUGGAGCUGCGUGUGCUGCCGCCGUCGGGGUGAAGUAUAUGGGUGUGUUCUCCUACCUGCUGCUGCUGGGCGUGGCUUCUCUGCACACCUGGAACCUGAUUGGAGAUCGAACCGUCAGUCACCUGAGUGUGUGUGUGCAGUGUGUGUGUCGGGCUGUGUGUCUGCUCGUGGUUCCUCUCCUUCUCUACGUGUUCUGGUUCUACGUCCACCUGACUCUGCUGCACCGUAGUGGACCACACGACCAGCUGAUGAGCUCCGCCUUCCAGGCCAGUCUGGAGGGUGGUCUCUCCAGGAUCACUCAGGGUCAGCCUCUGGAAGUGGCUUACGGCAGUCAGGUGACUUUAAGAAGCUCCUCCUCCCAGCCAAUCCCCUGCUGGCUCCACUCGCACAAAGUCAACUACCCAAUCAGGUAUGAGAAUGGGCGGGGCAGCUCUCACCAGCAGCAGGUCACAUGUUACCCUUUCAAAGACGUCAACAACUGGUGGAUCAUCAAAGACCCCGACAGACAGGAUCUGGUGGUCAGUAGUCCUCCUCGACCGGUGCGACACGGUGAUGUCAUCCAGCUGCUUCAUGGGAUGACAUCACGCUUCCUCAACAG